GCUGCCUUCCAAGCAGUUGACCCGGGUUCGAUUCCCGGCCAACGCAAACUUGUUACACUUUUACAAAAGAAGAUUUUAAUCCCUACAUGACCAUAGGUUUCUUCCGGAGUCAAUCAAACCUAUGUCUCAUUCCUGAAUGGCAGCCCCUGCCAUUCCAGCCCCAGACACCAGCAGCUCAGACCACUUAUUCACGCUGAACCCGCAGCCCCCUGGAUAUUGUGGAAUGAAGCUGUCUAGGGUGAUUGCCUAGGGCUGCAGCCAAAUUCCUGGAGGUCUCCAGAGCCAUCUGGAGCGGACCUGGCUGAAAACCCGCCUCCAGCCCUGGCCGGUUCCUGGCCCGAUGCUCUGGGAGGCCAGAUGUGGGGAAGAGGAGAGCUCAUGGGGUGGCUGUUCCAAUCACGUGCUGGUGUCCCGCGGCUCUAGGCGGGGGCAGCAGCUGCCUAACUAGGAUCAGUGAAUCCACGCAGCCAAGUCUAGUCGCUGACCACAGAGACCGGCCCUGGCCCUGUUAGCCCGUCUCUCAGCUCAGGUGGGAAGCCAGCCCCGCCCUAGAAGUGGCGGCAUCUCAGCACCGGGCGAGGGGGUCCCUCGGUAACCAGCUACCCCACUAUGAAGUGAUUGAUUGUUGCCUAGGAGACGGACCUGCCAGAGGAGAUGCCAGGUGCACUGGAGCUGGGGCAGGGCAGCUGGGACCCCAGUAGGGGUUGCGGGAGACUGGGUCCUCCCCUGAGGGAUCAGAGCUCUGAAGAGAGUAGAAGUAACCUCCCACCCUGUGUUACUCGGAAAGGCUGGAGCUCCCCGAAGCUGGUGCCCCCUAUUGGCCGCAGCUCCCAGGGAUUGUUCCUGCAACACCUGGCCCAAGAGGAAGUACUGCGGGAGAAGCGAUCAGUCCCCAAGGGGAAGAAGUCACGGCGCCAGAAACUUGUAGCGUCCCAAGCUGCUGCUGCACACUAUGAAGUGCGAGCUGCUGAGGACCGAGCUGGGAUCUAUUCAGGGUCUGAUGGGACGAUCCAGGGCUGGGCAGAGACGCAGCUCAAUGUGACAAGCCCCUUGACUUACAAUCCAGCCAAAGGAGAAUUUGCCGUAGUCCGGAGAGGCCUGUACUACCUAUACUGCCAGGUGCAUUUCAACGAGGGCCGGACCGUGUACAUGAAGCUGGACGUGGUGGUGGACGGGGUGCUGGCACUGCGCUGCCUGGAGCAAUUCCCCCCAACCAGUGCUGGCCCACAUGACCCUGAGCUGCGGGUCUGCCAGGUCUCUGGACUGCUGCUGCUCCAGCCACCCUCCAUCCUGAGCAUCCGCACCAUCCCCAAUGUGAGGCUGAAGGCCGAGCGCUACCUCACCUUCUUCGGGCUCUUCCAGAACUCAGGCGCCCUGGCUCCCCGCCCACCCUCUGCUAAGAUCAACCGGCCCCCACCGCCUCCCAGAGCCGGGGAGGGAACCCAGGCCGCCCCCCGGGCCCCUGCACAUUGUGUAACUGCCCUGCAGGUCUGGGAGUCCGGGGAGCCAGGCCUGCUCCUGGGGACCCUGUUGCGGCAAAGAGGGAAGAGGUUCUCCGAGAACUCAAGGGACCAGGACCAGCGACAGCCACAUAGGAAACGAUCGGUUCUGCAUCUGGCCCCCAGCCACUGCUCCACCAAUGACGAAGGGGACAUGACUGAGAUCUGGUGGCAGCCUUUCCUGCAGCAGGGCCAGGCACUGGAAAUCAGUGGCCCAGACAUCACUGUGAAGAAGACGGGUUUGUACCUCAUCUACAGCCAGGUGCUGUUCCAUGACCCUACAUUCACCAUGGGGCAGGUGCUGUGGCGGGCACCACUCGGAGGCCCGGGGCAGAUCCUGCUGCGCUGUGUGCAGAGCAUGCCCCGUGAGCUGGAGCAAGCCUACAACAGUUGUUACAGCGCAGGUGUUUUCCAACUCCAGCGCGGAGACCGACUAAGCCUUCGCAUCCCUCGAGCCAAUGCAUCCCUGGACCUUAGCCCCCAUGGGACCUUCCUGGGCCUAUUCCGCCUGUAGGGCCCACCCAUGAGACCCAGGCAUCCAGAGAGCUGCAGAGGGAUUUGGCCAGGAUGGGCAGAACUUAGACACUGGUGUCCAGGGAGCUGCAGAGGAAUUCAGCCACCAGAGAUUCAGGAGCCAAACCUCCCAUCAGGAGUGUGUGAAAGGGGUUCAUCACCAGAGGGCAGCAGAACUCCACCCUGGCCAACAGGGGCCGCUGACAAGCACACCUGCCCUGAAACAAACCAAUACAACUAAGGAAACUCCAGGCAAAAAAAAACUUUGUGAAGGUUGCAAAUGGAGUUUGCAUCAUGGAGGCCUUUGAACAAUCCUGGCAACGGUGGGGCUGGAGGCCAGAACUUCUGGGACCUGAGAAGGGAGUGGGGACUAGAAGUGGGGCAGGGGAGGAGGGAGGCUUGGAGCCAGGACUCCUGGGUUCUCAUCUGGCUUUUGUACAAAAUCCAAGGCCACAGAGAUGCCUGGCAGCCACAUGGGUACAGCACAAACAGUGCUAGCCCAGGUGGCUUGACCAGCCUGGAAGGAAGCCAGGCAUCUGGGAAGUAGCUGAGGAACUGGGCUGGUUUGUAAGAAAGGGACCCAGGCAUCUGGGGAGCUGCUGAGGGACUCAGGCAUCCUGAGGGAAAGGAUCCAGGCAGCUGUGGAGGGACUCAGCCGGCCUGGGAGAAAGGGACUCAAGCAUCCGGAGAGCUGCAGUGGCACCUUAGAAGAUCCCCCCACCCCCACUGUUACAGUCCCAGGUUGGAGCUGGGACUGGGGGGCUCUCUCCUGUUGGCUUGUUACCUGCUAAUAAAACAAUUAUUGCACGUUA